CCUGCUCCCUCUCUCGCAGUCGGUAGGUUUUGUUUGUGACCCAAAUACUUGAAAGAAAUCUCCUCUCAUGCCGUGAGCAAAUUUUUUCUCUUAUACAGCAGAAGAAGUGAAGUGAGGGAAAACGUGGGGCUAUCUGAGGGAGUCUGGACAUGAGGAGGCAGGCCACUGGGUUUCACUAAGUUAACAAUCUAAACAAUCAGACCACAGGCUGAGUGAUGGAGAAAACUUCAAACUGCUGCUCUUUUGCUUCACUCAUCGCUUUGGUCAUCCUUGUCUUACUUCCUGUGAGGUCUUGGUGUAAAGAAGACACCUACAAAUCACUGACGGAGGCUAAGCCAGAGUGCUGUGCCAGUGAAGGUCCAGACUUGAAGAGAUUCGAUGACAUCGAUUACGACAGCUUUGUGAGUUUGAUGGGAAGGAGAAGCGCUGCUCAGCUAAACAGUCAGAGGAACUUCCCAAUGUCAAGAAAAAGACACAUGGACAACAUCCUCGCUGAGUUUCUGGGGCGGAGGACAAGAAUGGCUUGUCCGUGUACACAGGAGUAUUUACAGAAAAGGAGAGGCUGAUCGAUCUCUCAUCAGAGGCAGAGGUUCCAGCACUUCUUUGUAAUGGAGACAGUCUCAACCUCUCCAUUUACAAUCUCUCACAGCGCUGACAAAUCCUCUCAGCUAUUGUAUCAACAGAGGGCAUGUAUUGUAAAGUUAUUCAACCACACACACAUGCAGAAAAAAGACAUGUAAUCCUGUGCAUGAGUGCUUUCUAUUGCCACUGAACAAACACAAAACAAGAUGUACAAUAAAAUAUGUAUUUAUUUAUAGUGAUUAAAGUACUGUUCACAGAAAACAACCCGGCACACACUGAUCACAUGUGCUCACUCACUCACACAAGAGAACCGACUCAAUUCAGACAUCAAUACCAACAUAAAUAUAUUUCCAAUAUAAAUACAGUACUGUACACCUUUUCCCUUUAAUAAAAUUUGAAUGUU